AACUAAGAGAACUUUCCCAACAAAUGAAACGGAAGCCCACUUAGCCCAGGCCCAAAAAUGGCUGAACCCUGGUCCGUCCGGGUCUGAAAGUGGUGGCUUUUUGGUAAAUUUGGCACCACGCUUACCCAACCCAACUCCAGCCUAGACAGACACAGUCACCAAAUCGAUCCCAACACCCUCUGAUUGUUUCAAUUGAGAAGAAGAAGAAGAAGAAGAAGAAGAAGGUGUUGUUGAUUUCAUCGAGAGAGAGAUAUGGCAUCAGGGUGGGGUAUUACAGGGAACAAAGGGCGGUGCUAUGACUUUUGGGUUGACUUCAGCGAGUGCAUGUCUCGAUGCCGUGAGCCCAAGGAUUGUACUCUUCUCCGGGAAGACUACCUCGAGUGCCUUCACCAUUCCAAAGAGUUCCAACGGAGAAACCGAAUUUACAAGGAGGAGCAGCGUAAAAUAAGAGCAGCUGCCAGGAAGAAGAAGGAGGGUGAGAAUGUUGAUAAUCAUCAUGCAUAACAUUUGGUCAUUAUCUUUUGAGGUCAAAAUAAUGAUUAAGCAUUCCAUAUUGUAUUUUUUUCUGGACUAGAUUCUUACUUCAUGUUGUGGAUCUGUUUUGUUUGUACUGGAAUUGGUAUAGACCUCUCUGGUCUAUGCAAUAAAACAAAGAUUAAUUUCUUUUUUCUUGCAACAACAGCCGCAGGGUAAUGAAAAGUAACCCUUUGUUUCCCUUUCUAUACUAA